AUAAUAAUAAUAAUAAUUAGGAUAGAAUGUCGCUUCGCCCAGAACUGCAGUUGGAGAGGUUGGUGGAUGAAGCUGUGAAGCACAACAGUCAUGAGGCACUGGAGGUCUUUUUGCAAGAUGAGCACAAUGAGGGGAUCAGUCCAAAGUGUUCCAAACAAUUCAUCAACAAGCUGGAUAACCUGAUCAACAGGGAACUCAUUAAAGGAAACAUAAAGCACGUCUCUCUUGCUCUUACCUGUCUGCACAUGUUUGGAAGGACUUUGAUUACUCAAAGUGGGCAGGGGUUGGCUUGGUUCAUAGAACAAGGUCUUAUUAAAAAGAUGGUGGUGUGGUUUGAGAAAACACAGAAGAUUUGGGUGGAAGCUGGGAUGCACAGGAGCAAGGAGUUGCUUAAUCUAGCUGAGGACUUCAUGGAGGCUUUACUGGUUGUUCAUGAAAGUAGCAAACAAGGGAAUUAUGAAGUCACAAACUCCUUUUUGCAUCACCUGUGUCAGCUUGUUGCAGAAGGUCAAAUCCACAUUCUGAUCCAGAAAGAGGUGAUUCGGAAACUGAAUGUUAUUCUAGGUAAAAUCUCACCAGAAUUAAAAAAAGAGACUGAGAUCUUGUCAUCAGCGGAGAUUUCUGUUUUCAUGAAGAAAUUUGCCAGCAGAAUCCUAGAAUGUGGAGAUUAUGAUCUUCAGAUUGCCUUGGUGGAAGCCCUCUGCAGGAUGACUAUGCGUGAACAAAGACUGAAGUUGGCCCCCUGCUGGUUCGCCAUGGAUUUUAUCAGUACUGCCUUCAGUGAGAUCAAGGAUUCAGAGUUUGAAACUGAUUGCCGAAAGUUUCUAAACCUUGUCAAUGGCAUCCAAGGAGACAGGAGGAGAGUGUUCUCCUACCCCUGUGUGGAAGUGUUUCUGGACAAACACGAGUUGCUGAUGCCAGUAGAUGAGAAACUGGAAGAGUUCUGGAUAGACUUUAAUAUGGGUAGUCGCAGUAUAUCCUUCUACUGCUCUGUAGCCGAUGAGGCAGAGGAAGGCCAGUGGGACACUGUCUUCAUCCUUGAAGAUGAGGUCCACAGCUAUGCAGUGAAAGAGGUGGGCAACAGGAAGGUGCUGAAUCUGGUGCUGGCUGAACCACUUCACUUGAGCAGGAUCAAAGGCACUGAAGUCUUCAUCCAUUUCAGCUUUUCUCUUGACAUCCUGCAAGCUCUUACCAAUGUAUAUGGUACUGCACAACGCAAAUUUGUAGCCAAGAGAAGAAACUCAGUGGUCAAGACCACUGUGCAGGUCAUCAUGGAUGAGGCCUCUUCUCAGGCUUUUGUUCCUGAAAGCCAAGUUUCAUCAGCACCAAGUGUCGAUAAAGGUCCUUCUGGGUCAAGGAAGAUUAGCCCCAAACAAACCUCACAUUUAGGAUCUCGAGAAGGAAUAAUCUGCAACCCUCCAGGUCAUGGGACUUUGCUGCAUAAGUUGCAGGUAACCACCCCAGCCAAGAGGAAAGUGUCUGAGUCAAACACCUUUGUCUCCAGCAGCAGUGGCCGUAGGGUGGGUAUGAGCCCUAUUAGCAGCGUGCCACCAGCCUCAACUCAAACAUCAAGAGCUAAGGUAAAACCGACUCUUGACAUGGUCAAGUCUUCUGAGAGGAAGAAAGGAUAUGAUAUCAGAGAUCUGAUGAUUGCCAAAACCUCUCUUAGCAUUUCUCCCGUCAGGACACAGUGUCCGGAUAGCACAGUUAGAGCCUUUCCAGAGAACAAACUCAUCAGGCAGGAAUCUAGAUCUGUAGCUGCAGCUAAGAGUUUCCAUGCGCAUACCUCUGUAAACAGAAUGUUGGAGAUGGCACAGAUUGAACAGGAUUGUGUAGAGCAAGUUUUAGGUGAGAACACAAACAUGGUCCCAGACACCCAGGUUCAUGACAGAACAGCGAGACCAGUACAACCUGUCCAAAGGACUUCUGAACCCAACUGGAGGAGGGUCUCUGUGUCCAAAUCCCAGAUUUCUGGGCAAAGACAUUUUUCCAAUGGAUUGGCUACCCAGUCUACUUCUCUUCCCCAGACAGUUUUAAAUGAAGAUGCCAGCUGUCAACAGCUCCACACACAGCUCACCCAGCGUCUGGAAGAGUUACUGUGUGACAGGGAGCAGGAAAUUCAAUCAGUGAAAAAGCAGGUUUCAAACAAGCAGAAGGGGAAUGGAGGGCGAACAAGGAAGGCACCAAGAGUCAAGGGGACAGCGCAACAGCAAGGAGAAGAUAUGCCCUACAAACCCCUAAAGCCAACUGUAGCGAAGAAUGGCACCACAGCACCAAAUGUGGAGGAGGGGGACCGCAACAGAGGGUUACCUAUAAAGGCUAACAGUACAGAAAAUGGCAAGGCGAAGAAGUCUGAAGCAGCAGCGUUCACAGGCAGGAUGAUGUCGUUCAUUUCCAACCAGUACAAAACUGCGCCUCUUGGUGUCACUGAUCCAGGCUUUAUGCGCCGUUGGACUGCAGCAUCAGGGAACAGAUCUUAUCUGGAGAAACGUUGCUCUUUGACUUCUGUGGAUAAAGGAGUAGUCAGACACUCAAGAUUGUUGGAGUCAUCCAAUCAGUUGGAUACACCUGCAAGUCCACCUGAGGCUGAUGUCUACAGUUUCCACGUGGAGACAUUGGAGGGAGACAGAGGCAUGAAGUCCUCUGAGCGCUCUAUUAUUAACAGCAGUUCUGUCCUGGACUCCACAAGUUUUUCCAGAACCACGAAGAAAGUCGCAAGACCUGUGAAGUUACAUCAUCUUUUUCACCUUCAGGCCUCUAACCAAUAUGUAAAGAAGCACCUGUUCAGUGACACAGAAACAGAAAACAAAACAGACAUCAGUUGGAUCAGGGAAUCCAGUCGGAAAACAAAGCAAAAAGUUGUUGACUACAGCAGAGAGCAUCCCCAAAAACUGACAUCAGCCUUCAAUACCUCCUAUAAAUCCCCUAACUUGCCCUCACCUUCACCAAUCACACUAGAGAAGCAGACUAAACCAAAGAAGAAGAGGCAGAGGAAGCACAAUCUGAUGGUAGAGAAGACAUCCCCGGUGGUCAGCAGGGCAUCAAGAUGGCCCCAGAGAACAAGUGCCAUGUUCAAGAGCUACAAAGAGCCAUCUGAAUCCGACAGCAUCUCCCAGUCUGAAACUGAGCAGAAGGCAAAGUUGGCCACUGGGAAGACCGAGAAAGAUGUGAAGACUGCUCAGAAGACAAAUGGGAGGAAGAAACCUGCUGCCGCAAAGCUCCAAGCCAGAAGGCAGAAAGAGACCGAGAAAACUUGUUUGACUUCCUUCACUCCCUCACCUCCCCACACUGAAAGAAUGAGAAGUGGAGAGAAGCCUGUGGCAUUACCAAGAUCGUCAAUCAGCCCCAUUCGCUCUCUUUCCUCGUCUCCUGAUUGUAUCUUGUCUCCACCCCUGGAAUUCUCCAAACAACACAAGGAGGGCAAGGCCUCCUCCUACAGGGCCAGUUUAUUCAGUUCCAGUGGAAAGAGCUCACUUCUUCACACUCAUUCUCCUGUGAGCCCAAAGCCUGUCACCCCCUUGCUGCCACGGAGCCGAUCCUUCCAGCUAAAAUCAAAGCUCACAACCCCGGUAAUGAGCCCUUCACAGCCCCUCCUCUCCUCCAUGGUUCCAGAGAGGUCUGUAGGAGAAAACCCAAUGGAUUGCCAAAUCAUGGAUGAGCAACUGCAGAAGACACCUCAUUACUCUAGGCGGAAAGUGGAGGCUGUGUACCUGAAGAUGCACCCCUCUGGGCCAUGCUCUACUCUCAAACGCUGUGCUAAACCCAUCAAUUCUAGCACUUCUGAGGAAGAGGACUUGGAAAAAAAAGAGCAAUGCAGUGGUAGGGAGACAAAGCAGAGGGGUUUGCUUAAACCCAGGAAGCUGUUCAAGCCCAGAAGAAACCACUCACACUUGGAUAAAGCAUGUGAGACAGAGGAGCAGUCCGUAAUCUCAUCCCAAAUGGUAUCCAGCUGCUGGGAGGCUAGCGUUGAGGGUGAGAUGGACUUGGGCCUGCAGGAAUUGAGCACUCCAGCAAACUUGGGAUCUGUGUGCAAUCAGUUCAGUUCUGAGUUGCAGAGAAAGUUACAGGUUCGCUCAAGACGGAUGGACCGCUAUGGCAAACAGUCACUGAAGACCGUUCAGCAGCAUCUGUCCUUGAUAAGCAAGCAGAUGCUGCAGUACAGAACUCAGCAACUGGAGAAGGUCAAGAGAGCUCUUUUGGAGGAAAUCAAGGACUUGGAGCAAGAUGACUCCUCCCUGAAGAACAUGGAAGACGAGCUCACUGCCUACUGGAACAAACAGUGCCAAGCUUUCCAUUCCAUUAAUGAAAAAGGGACUCACAGGCUGCAGCACCUGAGAAGCAUAUAUUCAACAGAUGUAUCUUACAGCAUUGAGUUUGAAGAGCAGAUUUUCAAGUCUGGGAUGUGUGUAAUGAGAAAGGACAUGAAGUCCAUUCAAGAUAGGCUUUUCAGGGACAUGCAUGAGGAGGAACUGCUGAGCGUACGCAAGGGGCUUCAAGCCUUGUUCCUGCCUGACAGGGGACUGUGACUCUGGAAGGGAUAAUAGUUUUUGGCUAAUCCUCUUCGUUUUCAGAUAUAAAUGAAUUUUUCUACUUCCAGAAUUUUAGAUUUUUCAGUUAACAACUUGCUGUAGAAGCAACUUGAUAAAAUUGCUAGUGUUCAGUGUUAGUCUUCAGAAGUAUAAUGACUCUA